CUUGGCCAUCAUUCCGUGAUUUGAACGCGACCGUAUCUUCCAAAGAUGUCUCACCUUAGUUUCGUUCUUUUGGGAGCCCUUUUGGGCUGCCUGGUGGCUAGUGGUGCUGCCGGUGUUGUGCCCAGUCCCAGGAUACUUGUCGUCAAGGACAUCAAGGAGUUUGUGGCCCAGAAUCCAAGUGUUCAUCUCCAGGCUUUGGAAAAGGAAAUAGUUCUUCCCAAAGCCCGUGAUGCUGGUUUAUUGUCAGUUCGUUAUAAUUUAGGAGCUCGUAUUAGUGGUGAUCGCCUGGUGGCCCAAUCAGCCGAUACCUAUGGCUAUAGCCAGUACCAAGAUGUCAGCCUACAGUUGACAUAUCCGGAGAGUGGCAGCGGAGCCAUCGUCUCCUAUGUGGAGAUCACUUGCACUCAGGACGAUAGCGACGGUAGUGCCUAUGUGAUUGCCGGUGGAAUUGGCCAGCGUUUCAUCUCCAUUGUCUUGGAGGCCAACAACACCAAGAACUUCUCCUACCAGGUUCAAUACUAUGGACAGAAUUAAGUCACAGAAAUCGGACUAAGUUAGAAAUAGAUCUUCUUGACUUUGGAGUUUUUUUUUGUUUCCUUUCUAAGAUCUAAAAUAAAAAUACAUACAUAUAUGCA